GCGGAGGCCGGGCCGCCCCGAGCCCGCGGAGACGGGGCGGGCGGCAGGGCACUGGCCAAGCCUCGGCCCUGAGCCGUGGCGGGGGGUCGGGUCCGGCUGUCCCCCCGGGCCGGGUUAUGAACUUCCCCCCCGCGCCGGUGGAUCCCGCCGCCGGGGGAGGGGGCCGGGCAGGAAGGGGCGAGGCGAGGCGGAGCCGGGCCGGCCUUGGGCUGCGGCAGCUUCGUGGGAGCCGGGGAGAGACGGUGGGAGCCGCGAGCCCGGCAGACGCAAUGGCUGCUCCUCAGCCCUGUCCAUCAGCUCCUGGAGGCUACCCAGGCCCCUCUGCACCUCCUUCCUAUGAAGAGACAACAGGAAUUAAUGUUAAUUAUCCAUAUCCUUAUCCUAUGCCAGGACCUGGGCAUGGACCAGGCACAAAGGGUAUGAAUCCUCCUCCGUAUCCUACACAAGCUGUACCAGCUGCUAAUCCAAUUGCAGUUCAGACAGUGUAUGUGCAGCAACCAGUAACAUUUUACGACCGUCCAGUUCAGAUGUGCUGUCCUUCCUGUAACAAGAUGGUAGUGACACAUCUCUCACACAAUGCAGGAGCAUUGACCUGGUUGUCCUGUGGCAGCCUCUGCCUGCUGGGGUGUGUAGCUGGCUGCUGUUUUAUCCCUUUCUGCAUUGAUGCUCUCCAGGAUGUGGAUCACUAUUGUCCAAACUGUAAAGCUCUCCUUGGUACCUAUAAGCGUUUGUAGGCAAAAUAAAAUGCUGAGUAAAGAUGGAUGUUCAAGAUUGUUCAGCACCUUUACAAGCUGUUUCUAAACUUCAUGGAGAUCUCUGUAUGAUGCUGUGUGUUUUUUGUCAUGAAUCAGUCAAGAUGUAUGUCACUAGGUUGGUUUCAAUAUUAAGAAUGUGCUUGAGGACUUGGGUCUAGGAAGAAGGUAAAUAAUUUGUCACUUGAUAGGGCACAUGCUCAUUUUGGCCCUUGUUGGUAGUGGUCAAAUGCCAUCCCUGUCUUGUUCGCUUCUGUAAAUUAAGUUGGUGAUGACAAUGCAGUUAUUCUUACCUAAUUAAUGUUGCACACUGUUACCUUUUGUUAGCAGAUUCAGCACAGAUGUGAAGGCACACCUGGCAGGAAGAGAGACUUACUCUUUUCUCCUUGGGUGGGGAAGGCUUCUACAGAAGUGUUGUCUAUAGUCAUUCAUUCUUUAGCUAAAAAGGACUCUGAUCUCCAGUCUUGUCAAUCUGGCACCUUUUACAAGCACUAAAAUUCACUUUACUUUUUGUUUAAAGUUGCCUUUAAGAGAGAGCCAAAGAAGUCUGAAGUUUUCCCUUCCCAUAGAUGUUUUACCAAAUAGAGACAGCUCAGACUAUUAUGCGAAAGGGUUUCUUAACCUGGCUUUUUCAUUAGUCAGAACUUUAUCAUGAUAGGUUUCUUGAUGGAAUUCAGUUAUACAUCUUAUGGAUUUUUUUACUGAGUUAUAAAUAUGGAAAUAUAUAUAUAUUUUUUUUCUAAUAGUCAAGGGUCUAUCAACAUUUCUAUAUCAGUAUGAUCUUUCCUUUUAUAAUUAUGUGAGCCAAAUGGUAGAUCCUGAACAAACCUCAAUCUUUUGCUAAUUGUGUAUAGCAUGUAUUCCACCUGUAAAGCUGUAAAAUCAAAUCCAAAUGUAAUCAUUUUUUCUACUUGGUAGUCUGAUAGCCAUAUCUUUCCAUUUAGAAGAUAACUUUUGUAUGAAGGAGUUUUUCAGAGUAUUAGAUAUAAUUUGUACGCUGAUUGUUUGCAAUGAAAGAUGGGUUUCUGAAAUCAAAAUAAAACUUGAGUAAAGGUGUUAAGAUGCUGGUUACAAGCUCUGAGGGACAAGACUCUGAUGCUUCUAGCAAUUUAUGCUUGAAACUCCAAACUAGCAUCUGAUCCUUGUUUAAAAUAGAGUAUGAUUUGAUAAGGAAGGUUCAAAUGUGUCUUGUCUUGAUUGGAUUGAAUGAUGCCUUAGUAAAGUCUGUUAGGAGUGUAAAUAUAGGCUAUGGUUCUAAAGCUAUGUUAAUCUAUAUAAGCAAUAAAUAUUAUAACUAUAUUCCUUAAACUGUGCCUUUUUAUAAAUAGUUGGAAUAUGGCUAACUUUGAAAACACUUCAGCGUAAUGUUGAAAACAGUGGCUGCUAGAUAGACUAAGGAUACAAAUAUGUAUAUACAGCUGAUGCAUUACUUACUUUUGCUAAAUUGAUGCUUUUUUGUUUCAGGUUUUUUAAAAUGUUUAAUAAGAGCUUUUUUCAAUGUUCCAAGUUUCAGGUCUGAUAUAUAGCUGUACCAUGAGAAUUUACAAUAGUGGCUACCACCUGGCAACACAAAACAGUAAUCUCUGGUGGAUUUAUCUAAUUCUGUCAUUAUGGUUUAAUUUGCUGCUGUUUCAAUUUACUACUAGACAAUCACCAUCCUUUCCAAAAAUCUACUCUUGAUAAUUGGUCACUACUGGAUACUUUUGCCACUUUUUGCAGCGGUAGCUUGGAAUAAUAAACUAACCAGAGUUUACUAUGAUGAAGUAUAAAACAGUAUGAGUCUUUAAAUACUUCACACUGCAUUUACAAGGUGAACUCUCACAAAUACACCAGCUGUGAGUAUAAAUUACCUUCAGUCAAUAAAGCUCAAGCUUGAUGAACAGAGCAGUAGACAGUAGUGGCAAGAGCCCUAGAUUGGGAUUACUUCUGUGGAAACAAGAAUGAGAAUUUAUCAUUAUCAUAGAGAAGGAAGGCCAGAAGGGACCUCAAGAGAUCAUCUAGUCCCAACAGGGAUUGAACCUGCUAUUUUGGUAUUAUUAGUACCACACUCUAACCAUAAGGGAAGUGUUUACAUUCUGCAAGGUGUAAAGGCUGCUUUCUGCAUUGCCAUUUGAGUGUCGUGAAGUUAAUUUUUUUCACAUGGCUAUUUCCAGUGUGUGCUACAUCAUGAUGUGCAGUGUUUCAGGGGGGUUGUUUGUAUAUUUUUUGCAACAGAAUGCCUUUCAAAAGAUCAGAUAAGAUCAAUGAAUGUUUCAUAGUGUGUUACCUACACUGACCUGCAAAUAUUUGUCCUUAUUUUGAAUAUUUUCACAUUUUUUAAAAUGUUUUUUCUAUAUUAGUAUUGGAGAUACUUUAAUCAGUGGGUCUCAUUUUGCAAUUUUAUACCAUUGUACACUAACAGAGCAUGAAGUGGUAUAAUAGUACAAGCCAGACUGUUCUGUGUGACAUCCCACUGAACUCAUCUGCAGUUAAGAUGUCAGCGCCUUGGAGUGUUCUGCAGAAUAUGAGACCAGAGCUUUUGUUCAGUUUUUAAAAGUUUUAAAAUACUUGUAAAUCUGGUAGUGCAGAGGUCAAGGUAUCGGGUGAUAAAUAGAGACUAACAUAACAUACAUAUUGGUUGCCUCAUGGCAAAGCAUUAUGUUUUUAUUCUGUUUAUGAGCCAGAAAAUCCUUGUUUAGCUCACAGUUUGUGAGAGACAGAAAUGGUGAGACAAAUGACAUUUCUUAACUUUGACAUUCGCUUGUAUCACAAGAGGAGGUAUUAAUUUGCACCUCUAAGGUUGCUCCUUUCCACAAGUCUAACAGUUACUCACUUCUUGAAAAUGUAAGUUUGCUCCACCCUUCAAAGUGACAUCAUGGAAAAUAUGAGUUGAUAGCAGAACAGUAUUUUCAUAACUUGCCAGGCAAGGAGUUUGGUGGUUUUCUUUAUGAUACGUUGCAUUUUCAUUGUUUUGUCGUGGAAGCAGAAUAAGACUCAUGGAGUGGAUGAAUCCUUUCAAAUGUUGCAUAAACUUGUUAAAUCACCUGCAGACACCAUCUUACUACCCAUUAAAUAUUCCUACUUUGAGCUUUUUUCUUUGAAAAAGUAUGUUUCUUGUGUAAAGUUGAAAUGGCAGCAGAACAGACCAAGAAAAUAUUCAUUGUCAAAAUCAGCAUAACAAAGAAAUGCAGGAGGUAUUUUACUACAUGUGAACAUCUUUGUUAGUUACUGUGUCUGCUUUUUAUACUGAAUACAUUUAAAAUAAAAUCUUUUCUUUUUUGUAUAGACUAAUUUCAAAACCUGUUAUGAAGUGUUCCAUCCAUGUGUGUGAACAGUGGUUCUGUUAAAAUAUGGACUAAAGAUGUUACUCUUAAGAUAGAAAGAUGCAUGUUGUCCGUCUUGGAUUAAACUUCUUUAGGGACAGUGGCA